CUUCGGUUGACGUUGAAGACACCACAGUCAGGAUUAUCUGUACGCCGUCAUCUCAUCUGUACCUGAAUGUUCUCAAAGAAUCUACUAACGGAAGCAGAUGACAUCUCACGACCCUCCUGAAAAGUAUGGAAACUUCGAAAUGGUUAAUGAGGCAGAAGUCGGAGAAAGUGGAUAUUAUUUGCAAGCGAGCCUUCAACCUGUUUUGUUCGUGUUGUUAUUUUCCGUCUGACAAAGAAGAAGGUAAGUACUCAAUUAAUAGAAGGCAUGUAGAUGUACUCCUUUAUAGUAGACGUAUGACACCUCUGAGCCACAAUCACAAACAGUCAAUUGAAACUGAGUCAUCUUCUUUGCAGAAUCCUGUAGUCCUACGGAAUACUUGCCUGUGUGGUAAUCCGCACGUGGAGGCAAUAGCAUGAAAAUACCGAGUCACGCCCAGCAGGCCUAAGACUUGUCUCGACAUCCGACUAUCGAUAUCAUCCGACCAUCGAUAUCUGGCUAUCGAAGAUAUCCGACUAUCGAUAUCUGGCUAUCGAUACCCGACUUUCGUCCUCGUCAGGGUUUUCAUUUAUCUUGAAUCUUCAAGACAAAGACAUAUACAGAUCAUGCUGUCCGAGGAUAAGGCGACUCGCAAAGACCGAGAAUUUCGAAAUUUCCUUGUUGAUUCUGGGUCUGCGGUAUGUUGAGUGAAUUUUUUCCCAUCGCCUCUCCCACUCUCUCUUUUUUUUUUUGAAAUAAAACUGCCAGGAAGUAGAAGAUUAUCUCCUGUCUAGAACGCCGAGAUGGAAAAGCUGCUCAUCUGGCUAGUAGAUGAACAAAUGAAAAGUGAGAUAGACAAGCAAUGAAGCCACAACCUCUAGUAUAGGUAGAAUCAGCAUCAUCAUCCACCUGUCUCUAGGGGAAAAUCAUCAUCCACCGGUGAAAAGAGUGAAGGUCCUGUCUCUCAAUCAUCAUCAUCAUCUGUCCCUAGGGGAGAGGAAUGAGAAAAACUUAGACAUCCUUUCAUACGCGGACAGUUUAUUGAAACUGCUGUUGUCUCUACGGGAACACGAGGCCUACGGUGGAGAUAAAUUCCCACUCAAGCGAGAGGAGAAAACGCAGGUGCAUCAAGUGAUAUGGCUUUGGUGUUUCUUCAGAAACAACUAAAAUUAUCUGUAAGUGACUGACUUUUUAUAUGAAAGUACUGACUUCGAUGACAUUAGCUAGCAUUACAACACUAGUGAGUCUAGGUUGUAAGACCACUAGAGAGUCGUGCUGUAGUGUUUCGUAUUCGUGCUUCCUGCUCUGUAAGUUGACCGAGAUUUGAUAUUGAUUUCUUAUUCCUCUCCUGAUUUUUUUUGUAGUCCUCUGGAACUUUUUUCAUCGUGGUUACUCCUUCUAAGUAAUUCUUUUGUAAAACCUAGUCCUUUUCUCUUUCUCUUACUCAUUUUCGUAUUGGACUUUUACGGUGUGCUACCCUUUUCUCUCUUUGUUUUCUUCUAAUCCUCCUAUUGGAUUUCUACGAUGCGGCACCAGACCCAGUGUGGGAUGAGAUACACGAUUUACGUGGCAGCAUCGGCAAACUUCGGAAAACAUGUGAAGACUUAGAGUCACGUAUUGAUUAAGUUUUUCUUAUAAGAUGAACCUUACGUAUUUCUAUUCAACACCUUACGUAGCUCUUCUUGCUUACCUCUAACAGAGUAGUUUAUAGCACGCAUGGUGCAUGGAGUGCAUGGAGCGCAGAGCUUUAAGGGGCGCAAGAAGCUCCAUGCGAGCUGUGAAACCUUAUAAAUUGCUCUGCUCUAAGUAUAGGGUGAACAUUACGUAGCUCUAUCUUACAUAUUUCUUCUAUUCAACAUUGGAUGGUUAACUUUAUAAGAACUCUAUCUUCUUUUAUUUUUUGUGCCGAUCAUCAACAUCAUUAUAGGAGGAGAGGAGCUCAACCACAAUUUAUUCAUAGGCACAAAGCUUCUGCACUUCCUCUAGGUGUGUCAGCCACAGAAGCAAAGUCAGAGAAGUGGAAAGCGAAGGCCUACGCCACAAGAGCGUGGAAGAGGCUUUCUCAGGGAGCAGAGGGUGGAGUAGCAUGUACAAAAAUAUUUUUUCACUUUGAUCGUUCGUCUGUGGCAUGAUUUGCAUUGCGCAAAAGAAUAUAAUGAUAUCAUGUUGAUGACUGGCGCCUUGUCUGCUUCACAUGCUUUUUUUCACACGUUUCAAUUUCUUCGAACCACCAACAAAUCCAACGAGGGAGAAAUUGAUUGUUUUUUCCAACAUUGCUACAGGUAAGGACCUGCUGCAGCGCGUCUUUGGUGCGUACAAAAAAGUGCCGCAUGCCUGUCUCGGUGAAGUGGAGAAAAUGCCAGAUAUCGAAAAAAAAGGCUUCAUCACUAUCGCGUCAACAGACGAACGUCUCACGAUUAUGGCUCAAUUUUGGUCACAUUUUCCAGUGUUGUCUUUCAAGACAUUGAAUACGAUUUUCUAGCUGGUGUACUAGAAGAUGUGCCUCCUGCAUUUCCUGAAGAUGCACUUGUCAUUUGAAGAGUGCAUAUUAUGAAGAUGCAUAGCAUUAUUUCAUGAAGAUGCACAUCUAGCUCAUUUCAUUCCUUUAGUUUCUGUUUUUCUAAUUUCGAUUUCAUCGCUGACUGUAUUCGAGACAUGAAGCCGCCAGCACCUCCUCCUGACGAAGGCGAACCCCCAGAGCAGCCAGAGGAGAUUGGGCCAGUUUAUUCGGAGCCUGAGGAUGACAUCUAUCUCAUGGUAGCAGAGGUCUUUGGUGUACUUUCGACUGUGGGGUGAAGUUAUCGGGAACUGUCGGUAGACAGUAGUUCGUUUCUUGGAAAAUCAAAAUAUUACGCGUCUAGUUCUAGUCCGUAGCAACUUCUGAAGUUGUAAACAAAGAUGUAAUUUGAAACAUAACGAAAAUUACAGGGAGCAGCUCAGGAGACGACGCAACUGGACUCUAUGAGGACAACUUCAGUUAAAAUCAUGAUCGAGAGUUUCUAC